UUAGAAAAGUAUAGAUUUAGGAGAGAUAUAGGCAAGCAUUGGUUUAGUAAUAGGGUGGUGGGGGAAUGGAAUAGACUCAGCAAUCACAUAGUUAGUGCAGGGACGAUAGCUUGUUUUAAGAGUAGACUGGAUAGCUACAUGGACGAGGACGACAGGUGGCAGUGAGGUGUGGGUGCAGUAAGGUGACGGGGUACUGGAUGCGUGCCUAGUACCGCCGGUAUAACGAGGAUCAAGCCUCUACCUGUAACUACACCUCACCCACAUUUUUAUUAUGGCUGAGCCUGUUGAGCAUGACGUGAGCCUUUUGGGACCACAGGAACCCACAGAACACAACCUUGAGUACAACCCUCCAAGCUCAGAGUACCAGGCAGCAAGCAAGGACUACCGCUCAGCCCUCCGGCCUCCACCCCUCACCCCACAGCCCCGGACAGACAGGAAGCCCAUGACCGCUGGCCGUGUACUUGGGGGCAGUGCUUCCCCGUACUCCUCCACCAGCCCCGCCACCAGCCCCCGCACCCCUGAGCCGUCACCCAACUAUAACAUUGAUGCCUCAGGUUCCACUUAUGCCCUCCAAGUUGCUCUCAGAAACAUGAAGGAACGUUACCACAAGCUUCAGAAGAAAAUGGCCCUCAUUGAAGAUGAUAAUCAAAGGCUCAUUACAGGAAAAUCUGAGCUUUUUGGAGAAAUUGGGAAACUGCAGGAAAACAGUAUAAAACUUAGAGAGAAGAAUUUACAGCUGAACCAAGAGAUACACUCAAAGCAUCAGGAGUGCUGCACGCUCAAGGAGAAGUUUUCCACACUGACGUCAGAGAACAUGAGCCUCACGAGACAGCUGGCCAGGACCUCACAGGAAAACAGACGACUCUCCAAGCAGGUGAAUAACUUGAGCAAUGAAAACCGGAGACUCAAGGAGAAGCUGAGUCUCAUCGCCACACAGGUGAAGGCUCUGCCAGGUGGCGCCUCGCUGGCUGCCUCUGCCUCAGAGCUGGCCACCAGCUCACGGACGAAGGCUCUUCCCCCCAUAGAUGGUCCAGACAGUUUUGAAGACCUGACAGCCAAAUUCCAUCCAUCUUACAGAGAUAACACCAUUGAUGGUUAUGAGGAGGUCAGCAGCAAUGAACUUCCUGAUUCUGAUUCCCCUUGGAGCAGUGGUUUGAGUGAGGAGGAGCAGCAGGUGCAGGCAGCCACCCGGAAAAUGAAAGAACUCCUCUCCCGUCUGCAAGACCAGAACCACAGCUUGCUGCUCCUCUCCCCUAUCAUACACUCCCUCCCACACUCUUCCAGCAGCCAAACAGGUAGUUCUGAUGCAGCCGCUGAAAGAAGCCUCACGAUCAGCAAUAAGGAUGGGACACUAGGACAGAGGGAUCGAGACCUCUCCACACUCACUCUCAUUGCCUCCACUCACAGCCAUCUGGACAAUGCCAAUGAAGAGGGAGUCUGUCACAGUAGACUGGCCACCUGUGGAUCAGUUCUUCCCUCAAAUUUUGUGUCUGCUGGAGGCUCAUCUGGAGCCAGACUUGAGAGCACGAGACAAGAGAGUGGAGGGGACAACAACAUCUUGGUGGAGCCCAGCCCUGGGGUGCAGGAGAGGCCCCAGAGCCCCUUUGACUGGAGACAGGUGCAGAUGAGUGACGAUGAAGGGCGGGAGGGUGACUACACGAGGCCAGACACACGCACGGUCAGCACCUCACCCGACCCCACCCUGGAGGAGGAGGACGAGCGGGUGUGUCCCAUGUGCAAUGCUGUCUUCCCGAGAGUUAUACCCCAAGAGUCCUUCGAGUCCCACGUUGUCAGUCACUUUGAGGUCGAGAAUGGCUUUGAGGUUAUUGCAUGAGGUUGCACACAGAAGGAAGUUUUCUGUGUUUUACGGGGCAGCAGAAAGAGAUAGGGUAUGUACGCCAAUUUGUACACUCCAUUCCAAUUAGUACUCAUUCUAGGAAAAUGGAGGUGAGGUAUGAAUUAUAACUACUAUCACAAUAAAAAUUUAUUGUUUUAUUCUAUUUAUUAAUUUUAUUUUAUUUAUUUAUUUUUAACUUAUAUAUAAACCUCAGCUAAAUUUUCCAGAACGUGUUUUUCUGAUGUGAGCACUGAUCAUUAUGGUGCAUAUGAAUUGGCAAACAUCCUCUCUUGACAAAUGGUGCCUUUUUUUCUAGUAUUGUGCAUUGUAUUUUGAAACUGUGAUAUUUUGUAUGCAUGGAGAUGGAUUCAUUAAGUUUCGUUUCUAGUGCAACUCAGUGCUUCAUUCUUCCAGUGUUGUCAGGAUUGUAUUGACAGGUAGUUGCCUUGGAUGAAUUAAGAUGUAGGUCAGACUCAGUAUCCUUAGGCAAAAAGUCUGUCUGUCUUAGUGCUGUAUAAAUUGAGACGUCAGAUAGCAAGAUGGAAAUUAAACAUCAGUCAGUGACAGCUUGCUGCCUUACUCAAGUUGAUGUCAGAUAGGGGCAUUCUGGACAAUAAUACCAAUUCCAUACAUUUAUGAGACUUUUUCCAUGUUGCCCAUAGAGCCUGUAGGCUCUCUUGAGGGGCCUGGUGGAUGGUUCCAGACUGUUGUGGUAUGGAUGAGUUUUAUUUUAAGUGGCUGCCAUGAUAUAUGACUUGUUUGGCCCGUGCUGCCCCCCAGUGCUCCUCAUGACUGAAGUUGGGGUUGAUUGAAGAUCUGAACAGCAUGUGGAUAAUCUUCUGCUACUUGACAGUGGUUGAAAAUUGUCAGCUGCUCGCAGUGGGACUUAAACCUGGGUCUUUAGGAUCACCAUGUUUGCACCCUGACCACUUGGACACUGCCUCCCCUUGCAUGGACAUUUUUUAACUAUAAAGUUUGCUUGUGUCACUUAUUUUCCCAGAAAACCCAGUCACAAAUGUCUGCCAUUGUCCUGAAUGUCCAGAAUAUCCCCCACUUGAGUUGGGUGAAUUUUAUUUCUUACACGUAUUGCUCAGCCAUGUACUGACACAUCUGUGGCCUCAGUAUUGCAGAUUUUCAGUAAUGCAGUUUUCAAGCCGCUAACAACACAUAAAUCUGGAGCUAGUGUGUGAAGGGGAUUAAUGGUCAACAGUGCAUCUGUAUGAUAUUAAGUUUUGUUUAUACAUGUAUACUUAAAUGUAUGCACUUGAGGGUUUCCAAAUUUCAAGCAUUUUUUUUUUUUUUUUCUAAUACUGCUUUAUCAUGUUAAAAGCUGGAACCCACAGUAUUGUGAUUUGCAAUGUCCAUUUUAUAAUGUAAAUACUAUUAUAGCUGUUGAUUGCUAUAUGAUUUAAAGAGCAUAUAGUUUUAAGUACUAUUUUCAUUAUAUACAUGGCAUUAUAGUAUAUACUUAUAUUUGCCAAAGCAAUUAAUCUUUCUCCUCUGACUCUCUUAAGAUAUGUAUAGAAAGGAACACAUAUAUGAAUGAUAGCUUUACAUCUAGUGUAAUUGCUGAUAUUUUAAUAGGCUGUAUUAUGGGUAUAUGAUUUAAAUGAGUUUAUUGUUAAUCAUAGUAAGGUAGAAGAAUUUAUAUAAAGAGAUCAUCAAAUUUUGUAUCAUUUACACAUUCCACAAAUAAAACAUGUUACUUGUUAA